AUGGUGAACGAGGACCUACAAGCUACGAUACACUCCCUUCACCAUGAUCUUGCAAGUGGUGCAAUACUUCCCAACGAAUCGGGUGACUGUCUUGGUGUCAUCAUGCAAGACUUCUUGAGAUCUAAUCCACUCUUCAAUUCUAUUGAGACUCUUCAUAACCGGCGUGAGAAUCUCAGUGAACGCCCCUCUGCAUCACGUGAUUUCGCUCAGUUCAUCUGUAAGAUGAAUCAUCUGAAGAACCUCACACUCAGUGGUAGCUAUCAUGAUGACUUCUACACAACAUUAUCGUCGAUGACAUCAACUACAAAGAUUGAGACUCUUUGUGACAUGUAUGAGAAUCUCAAUGAACGCCCCUCUGCAUCACGUGAUUUCGCUCAGUUCAUAUGUAAGAUGAAUCAUCUGAAAAAACUGGCACUCGAUGGUAGCUAUCAUGAUGACUUCUACACAACAUUAUCGUCGAUGACAUCAACUACAAAGAUUGAGACUCUUCAUGACGGGUGUAAGAAUCUCAAUGAACGCCCCUCUGCAUCACGUGAUUUCGCUCAGUUCAUCUGUAAGAUGAAUCAUCUUAAGAACCUGACACUCAGUGGUAGCUAUCAUGAUGACUUUUACUCAACAUCACUGUCGAUGGCAUCAACUACACAGAUUGAGACUCUUUGUGACAUGUAUGAGAAUCUCAAAGAACGCCCCUCUGCAUCACGUGAUUUCGCUCAGUUCAUCUGUAAGAUGAAUCAUCUUAAGAACCUGACACUCAGUGGUAGCUAUCAUGAUGACUUCUACUCAACAUCACUUUCGAUGGCAUCAACUACAAAGAUUGAGACUCUUCAUGGCGGGUUCAAGAAUCUCAAUGAACGCCCCUCUGCAUCACGUGAUUUCGCUCAGUUCAUCUGUAAGAUGAAUCAUCUUAAGAACCUGACACUCAGUGGUAGCUAUCAUGAUGACUUUUACUCAACAUCACUGUCGAUGGCAUCAACUACACAGAUUGAGACUCUUCAUGGCGGGUUCAAGAAUCUCAAUGAACGCCCCUCUGCAUCACGUGAUUUCGCUCAGUUCAUCUGUAAGAUGAAUCAUCUUAAGAACCUGACACUCAGUGGUAGCUAUCAUGAUGACUUUUACUCAACAUCACUGUCGAUGGCAUCAACUACACAGAUUGAGAUUCUUCAUCACAAUGAUGAUCUCAGAGAACGCCCCUCUGCAUCACGUGAUCUCGCUCUCUUUAUCUGUAAGAUGAAUCGUCUGAAGAACCUUACACUCAAUGGUAGCUAUCAUGAUGACUUCUUCUCUACAUCAUCAUCGGUGGCAUCAACUGUAAAGGAUGACUGCAACACGAGCUCAACUGUGACUGAUCUGACCGUUACUGAUAGGACACUAGAAGGAUGGCAGGAUUGUGGAUCGAUGUUUGACAUUGUGGAGAGGAUCACCAUACAUGUAUGGUGCACGAUCAGAUGUGACGUCAUCCAGAGGAUCCAUCUGCCAGCCGCGACAGAGCUCACCAUUCAAACGGAUAAGUAUGCUACACAACCGGCUUCUCUCCACGAUGAUCCAACUUCACUACCCAAUGCACUUUGCAAGGUCUCACCUCAGCUUGUCAUGGUCACAUUAAGAAAUAUCAACAUCGGUAACGAUCAGACCGAACGAAUGAUUCAAGCUUUCAGAUCAUCGGACUGCUUCAAACAUCUGAGGACCCUAAGAUUCUUAAGAUGUGGCACUGAUGAGAGCUUUGAUUCCUCUUGUAUUGACUCAAAUGGUGAACAUAAGAUAACGGUGGAUAUAGUACAUGGGAAACCACUAGGCAAAUGGUCGUGAUACAGCAUCCAAGAUCUGACAUUGAAGAUGAUGUAGGCUAUCCGACGAGAUAUAUGAGCUGGGAUUUAUGACAGCUAUUACUGUUUCAAUUAAGCAAUUCAAACGUUUUACAGUAGUGUUACUGCUAUAGCUGCUCUCGUACUUACUCGUCCAAUGGUCAAGAGACCGACCUGGCCAUUUCCCUAAUACUGGGAAGCGUGUGUGUAUGUGUGUGUGUGUAUUUGAGUUUUGUGAUACGUGUAUCAAUCAGAUAUGAUUAU